GGAAGAUUCCUGAGCAGAGAUUUUAAUGCUCUGUGAACCGGGCAGAGCAAUUCCUGCAAUUGUCUCAUACAAUUCUAUGUUUGGCUGCCAUUUACAUUGUCCACAUACAGCAGAUCAGGGGAUCUUUUUGCAGAAGCUUCAGGACAACCUGCUGAGCUGUUGAAAGAGCCCAAUAAGCAUUCCAACAUGUGGGUGCAAAGCCUGAUGGCCCUGGUCCUCCUGGCUACUUCUGCUUCAGCUACUACCUCGGCUUUACCAAAGAAAGUCCUGAGCAAACACGCCACCAUCCUGGCUGACAACAGUGCAAAGUUUGCCUUCAGUCUCUACCAAAAAAUGGCUAAGGAAAAGAAUGUAGAAAACAUCCUGAUCUCCCCUGUAGUGGUGGCCUCCGCUCUGGGUCUGGUUGUUCUUGGGGGCAAAGCCUCCACUGCCUCUCAGGUGAAAACCAUUCUGAAUGUGGCUAAAGUCAAAGAUGAUCAACUGCACUCUGGUCUGGCUGAGCUCCUGUCUGAGGUGAGCGACCCAAAAACCCGCAAUGUCACCUGGAAGAUCAGCAACCGUCUCUAUGGACCCAGCUCCGUCGCCUUUGUGGAUGAGUUUGUCAAGAGCAGCCAGAAGCACUAUAACUGUGAUCACUCCAAGAUAAACCUCAGAGAUAAGAAGAGCGCCGUGAACUCCAUCAACGAGUGGGCGUUCAAGUCUACUGAUGGCAAACUGUCCGAAGUUACCAAGGAUGUGGAGAAGGCUGAUGGGGCGAUGAUCAUCAAUGCUAUGUUUUUCAAACCUCAUUGGGACGAGCAAUUCCAUCAUAAAAUGGUGGACAACCGUGGAUUUGUGGUAUCCCGUGGCUACACUGUUUCAUUACAGAUGAUGCACCGCACCG